UCCUGGGAGCAGGAAGCUGCCGGGGCGGCUAAAGGAGCAGCUGAAUCCGCAGUAGCUGCAGUAGCAGAGAAAGGAGGGACGCGAGAAAAACUCAAAGCAGGCUCCGUGCGGGACCCAGUCUCCUCUCAACCUGCAGAAGUAUACUCUUGUCCUGUUAAGGACCAUGCCUAAGUGUGAAGGGGUGAGUCAGUUCUCCCCACAGCUGUGAAUCAUAACACAUUUGAAGAAAUUGCAAAUCAGCUUUUACUGGUGCAGAAGUUGCUUGUGAAUUGGGAGUGAAAUAAAUCGGAUGCAAGAGGACAAUGGAGAGUGCCACCAUCCCCUGGAACCAAAGUGUUAACAUCACUCUGGACAUGAAUGAGGAGGGCUACAGGUGCAAGUUUGAUGAAGACUUUAAGUAUGUGCUGUUGCCAAUGUCCUACGGCGUGGUUUGCGUGCUAGGGCUAUGUCUCAAUGCCCUGGCCCUCUACAUUUUCCUCUGCCGGAUUAAGACAUGGAACUCCGCCACCACCUUUAUGUUCAACCUUGCCAUAUCCGACACUCUCUACGUGGUCUCCUUGCCCCUCCUCAUCUACUACUAUUCCCACGGGGACGACUGGCCCUUCAGCACAACCCUCUGCAAGCUGGUGCGGUUCCUCUUCUACACCAAUCUCUACGGCAGCAUCCUCUUCCUGCUGUGCAUCAGCCUCCACCGCUUCCUGGGCAUCUGCUACCCCCUGCAGUCGCUGCGCUGGGGCAACGUGCGCUACGCCCGCCGGGUGGCUGCCGUCGUGUGGGUCAUCGUGAUCGGCUGUCAGUCGCCCGUGCUGUACUUUGUCACCACCAGCAGCCGGCCUGACGGGAUCACUUGCCAUGACACGUCAGCCCGUCACUUGUUCAACGACUUUAUAACCUACAGCUCGACCAUCCUCGUGCUGCUCUUUAUCGUGCCCUUCCUAAUCAUCCUGGUGUGCUACACGCUGAUGGUCCGGCAGCUUCUGCGACCCACAGUGGGGCAGCCCCGGCUCUCUCGGUCCAAGCGCAAGUCGCUCAGGAUGAUUAUUCUGGUCUUGGUCGUCUUUUCUCUGUGCUUCCUCCCUUUCCACAUCACCCGUACACUCUACUACGCCUUCCGAUCUCUGGACGUGAACUGUUAUUCCCUUAAUGCCAUCAACAUAGCCUAUAAGGUCACUCGCCCGCUUGCCAGUGCCAACAGCUUCCUGGACCCUGUGCUCUACUUCCUGGCUGGCCAGCGGUUCGUCAGGUUCGCUCGCCAUGUCCUGACACCACCAGGGGAUGGCCACAAGAUGGUGAUUCAGAACCCCAACACUCUGGACAGUGGGCGGACUCGAAGCAGCCCAGGCAACAGUGAGGGCCACAAAGAUGCUCAGCUGUAGGGUCAGAAGGACUCGUGCGUCUUAGUCCAAGCCCCGCAUGUCCCCCGUCCUCCAUUUGGGUGAGAAUGGGGAGCAGCCAGGAGAGGGGCUAUGGGCUGCUUAGUCACACAAUACGUGAAAGUGUCCACUCGACAGAGGAAAGUUUGUCCUUGGAGACCAAUCACAGGAAGACAAGAGGAGGUGGACAUUUGUCAUCAUCUGCACUGCUCCAGGAGAGACCCAUGACUGUGACUGAACUGGACCUCCAGUGUUUAGUGACAGCAAGUAGAGAGGUGCUGACUGGGAAAUAAGCUCCCUGGGAUCUCCCACUGCCUGGAUGGAUGACCUGGGAUAGGCCAGUACAUCCCUUCCCAGCCUCAGUUUGCUCUGACUAAAAAGUAAUUUGUUAGCAUAUUUAAGACUGGUGAAAGAUGGGGGAAAGUCCUUCUCUAUUAAAAGCAUUAAGUUCUGUGUAUGUUUAACUAGGGGAAGAUUUGGGGUAGGAGGGAAAAAUACUCAUUGCCUUCAAAAAUCUAAAGAGCUCUUAUGGGGCAGGGGAAGGAUUACUCUAGUCUUUGGUGCCUUGGAGAGUAGAACUUGGACAAUGGUGGGACAAGGAGUUACAUAAAGGCAAAUGUGGGUUCCAAAAAAAAAAAGCCUAAUAAUAAUUUCUUAUGACUAGAGCUGUCCCAGAGUGGAAUGUACUGCCUCAGGAGAGAGUGAGUAGGAAGGCUCUCUGCCUAGGGACAGAUGGCACUAGGUGCCUUGUCAAGCGGCAGUCAGUUUCAAUGAAUCUAUGAAAGGGUUGGACUCAAUGGCCUUUCAGGCCCCUUCCAGUUCUGGUUUCAUGCUUCCAUACUGCCCUCUUCUCAAUUCUCUUCCUCAUGAAUAGUAAGCCCUUUUUUUUUCUCCUUUUAAAAUUCAGGCAAAUGGGACAAAUCAGAAAACUCUAGAGCCAAAAGCUGACAUUCUCCCCUCCCAAGCCCUGGGAACAGGAGCAGGGCUUAAAGUAGCACAGGAUCCUUGGACUGAGUUGACCUUCUGUGUCAGGUUGAGGGAGAAAAUAUUGAGUGGGAAGCUUGGUCCCAUUUUACAGGUAGAGAUAACAGGGACUUAGAAGAAGGGACCCUAGAACACAGAGUAGAAUGUCAGAGCUGGAAGGCUCCUUUGAAUAUAAAAUAUUAGAGCUGGAAAGGAUUUUAGAGUUAAAAAAUCAAAUCCAACAAAAAUUUAGGUGCUUAACUAUGUUUAGAGUUCUGGGCUCAGUAUUAAUGCAACAAAAAAGAAGAGCAAAGGGACUUUCCAGAGGAGAGAGUGCUUUCAAGAGGCUGGGGUGAGGUGGGUGGCAGAGAUGGAUUAGAGAAAGUCAGAGAAAGCAUCAUAGAAGUGAAUCUUGAAGAGGACCACAAGGCAGACCAUCAAAACUAUUAGGGACCUUAGAAUAUGUUCUAAAGUCCUGAAGCUGGACUUUAAAAGCCAUCAGUUCAAGUCUUUGGUUUCACAGAUGGGGAAAACUGAGGCCCAGAAAAGAAAAUCAAGUUUUUCAAAGUCACAUAGGGUGUGACAGAACCAGGAUUAAGACAGAAGACUUGUGACUCUCAAUCCAAGUUAUUAAAGCAAUUCUGGACAUGUUCCUUUUCUCUAAACCCUUUAGCUCUCCUUGUCUUAGAAUUGAAAGUUCCCCUCUCUUCUGCUGCUUCUUCUCCCCAGACCCAGUCCCAUGACAUGUCUGAGAGAGACCCUUUUUGUUAAAGAGUUUCCUGCUGAGGCAACCCCUGUUGUCCCGUUCCCAGCUCCUGUGGUCUGCCUAUGAGGGAGGGGAAAGGAAAAACCAAGUGGCCCUCAGGGAUGUGGGGAAGAGAACUGGAAGUUGGGGUCCUGGGAGAAUUUGUGUAUGUUUUUGGAAACUAACUCAUAAUUUAUAAAGAGUGAAUGACUUUGUAA